AUGCGCAUCUUUUUUGCUGAACAGAACAGAGCAGCGAUGAAUUCUGAGGUCUCUCUCACCGGCCAGCAAACUUUCUCGCCUCUCCACCACCACCCCUGCUUGACCCGGCGCUGCGGCCCCGGGCCAGGUCAUUCUCGCUCCCGCUCUCCUCUCGACCUUUCGACCUCCUCAGCCCCCUCAGCCUCCUCAACCGCCUCAACCUCUCUCCUCUCACAUUCGCUCCCUCGUCUCCUGGCUCCCGUUCCUCCCGACUCUGGGCUGCGCGGGCCGCGCCCAACGUCACUCUUCCUUUCCCUCUUCCUUCCCGGCCACCACCUGGGGCGCCCAACUGCCCCCACUCUCGCAAUUCCCGGCCACCAUGGCCCUCGUUCUUUCUGUCCGCCAGUGAAACCCGAGAGACUGUCUGAGGGAGCUGGCCCCUCUAAGACGUCUCUCGCACGCGCACCCUCCACCGAGGUUGAGCGCGUUGUACUCAAAAACUCUGGAUAUGGCAUCGAGCUGCCCGAGGAGGAGGAGAAUGUCGACUUUGACGACAUGGAGGAGGAGGAGGAUGCGGUGAGAGUCGACGGAGGUGAUGAAGAGGAGGGCCGAAUCCGCGCUGCGUCCUCGGCAGCUGCCGCGACCACCUUGGCGGAGCGCUUCUGGGAGCAGGAUGAGCCUGGUCGUCGCCUCCUUUGUGAGUACCCUUAUGACAACGUCGAGGUCAACCGCGGAUCGACACCGACGAGCGCGAGGAGAAGUACCCGUCGAGGCGCCCGGAGAGCACCGCCCACAAGACUCGACCUCCCGACGUCGAUUGCCAGGCCGAUGUUUCCACAUCCCAAAGUGCGCGACCUGACAUCAUUGAUUGGGUACCUCGACACCAUUGGUGCUCGGGCAGCGGUGGCGGGCAUCCCGGUGCGUGCGUUCAUCGAGCGCGCACCACUCGACGAGCUCGUCGGUGCGGCCCCGGUCUUUGCGAGCAAGGUCUGCACGCCGACCAUCUCGUGCAGCUUCAAGACCCGCUCGUUCGCACUCACCCUCGGCCAGGCUGUCGACUACCUUGGCCGCCGUCCCCCCCUGCGCCAUGGCGCCCUUACACCCGCACUCUUUGAGGACUUCCAGUCGGACAAGCUCCAGCUCGCCGUCAAGAGCGGACUUGUCCUUGUCUUCGAGAACGGGUACGGCCGCCCAGGUGCCAGCGCUCCCUUCUCGGCGAAUUCGACUCUGGUGGUCGUCGACGGCCGCACGCGCGAGUCGCACGCCGACCUCGACGCCCUCCACCGUCUCGCCAUUCGCUGCACGGGCAAGAACUUUGGCCACACCACAUCGCGAACAAUGUUCGCCAACCCCAACCCCGCGGGAGCCACCACUGCCCAGCUCAAGGCCGCUGGUAACCUCUACCAGGUCGUCAGCAAGGUCCGCCGCUCGGCCCUCCCCCUCGGCGGUUCAGCCGUCGCGGCCCCCUUUAACCGCGACGGCUCGCUCCACAUUGUUCGCCAGCUUGGCCAAGCCUUUCUCGACCGUGUGCGCGCGAUGGCGGCCAACACGGCGCGCUCGACCACUCGCUCCGUGGCGGUCACCGAGGACCUCGCUCUGGGCGGCAAAACCAUCAAGGCCGAGUAUCGCGCCUGGUCGGGAACGCCCGAGGCUUGCCGCCAGAUCCUCCGCGACUCCUCCUCCUCCUCUGCCCCCCCCCCCCCCCCCCCCCCCCCCGAGUCGGUCAUCCCGGGGCACCAGUACGCCGCCGUUCUCGAGGCGUUCGGCAGGCUCUACCCCAAACGGGGUGGAUGCCUGUUCACCCUCCUCGCCGGCGUCAUCCCUUCCGCCGUCCCCACCUUCUCCUCGGUCGUCUGGACGAUCAAGCUCGACGGUGUCGUGUACAACUCGUACAUGCACACCUCGGACUCGUUCUCGCCAGCGACCUUGGCCCUCGCUCCUCGUCUACGUCUCGACCCCGCCGUCGCCCGUAUGGCGCUCCUCCGCCUUGGGCGCACCUUUGCCGACAUUACCGUCAGCAACGAGGUGUCAAGGCCCGAGCCCAACUCGGUUAGGGUCCGACGCGAGUACCUCGAGCUCCCCUCGAUCUCGCGGUACUUCGUCACUGCCUUCCGCACCCUCGGCCACCGUCCAGACACCUGGUCCGCAGUUGGCCUCGACACCAGGCUUCCCCAGCUGGCCAAGCACUGCGGUGUUGUUCAAGACCAGCUCGACAAGCUGUGGCUUAUGUCGCAGAGGCUGGCAUGUGUCGAGGGACUGUACACUUGCCCCCAUCAGCUUGUUGUCACAGAGGCCGAAGACGAAGUACGAGCGCUGGCCACGGGCGCGGGGACGAUCUUGCGGCCGAGGAAGAACACGCCCUCGGAAUUGAAUGGAACAGACUGA